AUGAAUCGAGACAUCUCGGAGGGAGGAAGGAGUAGGCUGACGGGCCCCGAGAGCGGAGGGCCACCGCCGCCGAAGGCCAAUAGCCCAGGUGGCGGACAGGGAUCAAAGGAGGAUAGUAGAGGAAGGGAAGACCAGACGGACAAGAGACUAAAUUUUCCCCGAAGAGAGGGAGAGAGGGGAGAGAGACUAAACAGAGCGGGAAAGAGAGAAAUAGAGGAGUGGGGGGAGCGAGGAGCCACCCUAGCGGGGCGGCCUGCCCUUUAUUACGCAGUCAGCUACAGGAGUGUAGUGAGGCUACUAGUAUAUAGUUGUGAGUGA